ACUGUGUGCCCGGAGUGCCCAGGAUUGAAGUGGAUCUAGGGACAAAUGGAUGACUGAAUAUUCAUAUGAAGAGGAAAGCCAUAAAAGACAUCAGCGCCUUUGAGAACAGAAUGUUAAUGCUUGAUGGGAUGCCGGCAGUCAGAGUCAAAACAGAGCUGCUGGAAUCUGAGCAAGGGUCUCCAAACGUCCACAACUACCCCGAUAUGGAUGCUGUACCCUUGUUACUAAACAACAUGAAGGCCGACCCCACGGAGGAUUCAUUAUCUACAGACCAUUUCCAAACACAGACUGAACCAGUGGACUUGUCAAUAAACAAAGCCAGGUCGUCCCCUACAGCAGCUUCAUCUUCACCAGUUUCCAUGACAGCAUCAGCCUCCUCCCCUUCCUCUACUUCUACUUCUUCUUCUUCCAGUCGGCCAGCUUCAUCCCCCACAGUAAUAACAUCAGUCUCCUCAGCAGCGUCUGUACCGUCAGUAUUAACUCCAGGUCCUCUUGUGGCCUCUGCAUCUGGUGUUGGAGGCCAGCAGUUUUUGCACAUUAUCCAUCCAGUACCACCUUCAAGUCCCAUGAACUUGCAGUCCAACAAAAUGAGUCACGUGCACCGUAUCCCCGUGGUGGUACAGUCGGUACCUGUUGUCUAUACAGCUGUGAGAUCACCUGGGAAUAUGAACAACACUAUAGUAGUACCACUGUUGGAGGAUGGGAGAAGCCAUGUCAAAGCACAAAUGGACCCCCGAGGCCUAUCUCCCAGACAAAUUAAAAGUGACAGUGAUGAUGACGACCUGCCAAAUGUGACCUUAGAUAGCGUUAAUGAAACUGGAUCUACAGCGCUCUCCAUAGCCAGAGCAGUACAAGAAGAGAGCAUGUGGGGCUGUGCCAGGUCAGCUGUUAACCCUUUUCGUUUUUUCAACUCCAGUUCAAUUUCACCAUUCAGUAUUGAGAGCACAAGGCGUCAGAGGAGGUCUGAGUCUCCAGACUCCAGGAAGCGGCGCAUCCAUCGGUGUGACUUUGAGGGAUGCAACAAAGUGUACACAAAAAGCUCCCACCUGAAGGCUCACCGGAGAACGCACACAGGAGAAAAACCCUACAAAUGUACCUGGGAAGGCUGCACCUGGAAGUUUGCUCGAUCCGAUGAACUGACGAGGCAUUACCGCAAGCACACGGGAGUGAAGCCAUUCAAGUGUGCAGACUGUGACCGCAGCUUCUCCCGCUCGGAUCACUUGGCGCUCCACCGCCGCAGGCACAUGCUGGUUUGAGAAAUGCUACCUGUUCCAGCCGAGUUUAAGAGCUGGGUCUCUUAACUACCCACAGUGAAUUCAGCAGGGCUGAAUCCCCCUCUACAGUGUUAACAGGCAGGGCUUUCCCUGAUGUCUGUAAUGAAAAAUAAUAACAGAAAUUCAAAAAAAGCAGGAAAAGAAGUGCCACUCUUCUCCUCGCCAUCUGAAGUUAACUCUGUCUGCCCCUCAGCAUGGCUACCCCCUGAAAGUGUCAUCACAAUCACCUGGGAAAUAGCAGCCGAGAUGCUACAGGAAUGGGCAUUAUUUUACAUGCUGCAUCCUUUGACAAAAAAUGUUUAUAGCUUGUAUGUUUUCUCAGCUGCCAGACAUUUUGUUCCUGAAAAAUUGCUGCUGGUUGGAGUAUAGAUACCGUGGACUGAUGAUGACGAUGAUGAUAGUGAUGAUGAUGAUGAUGAGAGAAGACCGCUAGAUCUGUAAGAUGCCAUCUUUUCCCCUUGUUUUCAAUACCAUCUGGCCGGUGUCAGCACUGCACUGGAGCCGUGCUACAGACAAGCUGCGUGUGAGUAGGCAGGAAGAUUCUGCUGCAGAGGUCCCGCUGCCGGAGCUGGAGGUUUGCUUGAUCAGACUUUUGCAAUAAUGAUGGUGGCAUUUUAAUAUCAUACCACAACUUGUCGUUAUGCCCCAGAGGACACCAGCCAUUUAACUUUUUUCUUUUAUGUUUUUUUUCCUUCUUUUCUUUUGUUGUUGUCGUUGUUGAAGUCUGUAAAAUAAGCAAAGGGCAGCAGCGUCUGUGCUGAAAUACCAUAUUAAGUAUCUCUAUUUUACCAUAGAAUUAUUUAGAUCCAUUUUCUGAUUUGUAUAGAAAGAGCCCACCUAAAAACAACUACCCUAUUCUCAGUGUGCUGUUUUCUUUCAUGCAGGUAUCCUCUUCCCCACAACCAUUAUUUGAACCCAAGGAAAUAGUCAGAUCUUGUACUUGCUGGUACCAAGGUUAGUGGUAUAGCCAUUCCUGAGAUGGAAUUGAAUGUAUCAUCAAAACAAAACAGAGAAGAAACGGCUGCAUCUCUUGCAGAGAAAAAGCAAUAAUUAAUAAAAUGGCUCUUGUGACAAUAAUUUACUCCACACCAACAGAAGUGGGGGGUAUGCAGAAACAGCAUGUAAGAUUUAAGCAUUUAAAUUCAUCUUUUUGCUAGUUUCACUGACCUGCUAGGCGCCACAGUUAAGUACUUUUAUUUCUGUUAACAUAAUACUGGUGUCUGGAAAGCAGGAAAGAUAAAGGAAAGAGUUGAUUGUUGAGGAGGUAGUGGAUGAACUGUAAGUAGGACAGAGAAAUAUGCAGUUGUGCUCUGCAAGACAUUAGAGUUCUCCCUGGGAGUUAGGGAAUAACAAGAUUUUGCCAGCUGUCUAGUAUGAUCUAAAUGGACCUCUGUAUGGGUACCAGUGGCUGCCUCUGCUUCGAUUUUCAACCCAAGCCUUUUCAGAUUAAAUAAAAGGAAAUUCUUGAUCAUUCCCAUACAGCCCUGUAAUUGCAAACCAAUUUGUAUUAAUUGAAUUAUGUAGGAAAGAGAGAAAUUCUUAGUCAUCAGUUAUUCGUGCAAACAGAACAGUGUUUUUCUGUUUUCUUUCCUCAGAAGGAUUUGCCUAUUCAGCUAAAUUUGACAAAGGGGAGGCUUGGCAAUAUUUUCUAAGUGUUGAGAUUUUCAUAGCUUAGAAAUGAAAGAUGUAAGCAUAAAGGUCUUUUGCAAUGCAUUUAAUUAUGAAUAUUUUGUUCCAGGAAUUCCAGAUUAAAUUUGUGAUGCCACUUGUUUGUUUUUAAAUGUUUGACUAUCUCAGUUAAUAUUAGAUUCCCGCAGUAAAUGUAGUAAUGUUGCGAUUCUGGAAUCAAGGUAAUCUUUAAGAAAAAACAACACAGAGUAACCGUACAGAUACAAAAGCAAUUACAGUUAAUUGAGGAUUAAUAUGACUGGGAUUAUACUUUGUAAAAGCAUUCACAAGAUCCAGAGUUUGAUUGUCUUUAAAUAUCCUUAAUAUUCCCCAGUAUGGAUAGUUUAUCAAGUCUCUGAAAGAACUUAUAAAAAGCUCAGGCUUUCCACUGCCCAGUCAGCAGCAAAGAAACUCAACACAAAUUAUUCACAUCUGUUGUGGGAAAAAUGCCUCUGUCAAUUCCCAUUGACCAUGUUGGUGAUCUACUUCCACCAAAUUUGAUGACAUUCCAGACUCCAUCUCCAAAUCAGGGACAGAGCAGGGCUUCUGGAUAGACCAUGAGGCAUUGCAGGGCAGCAGAGCUGUGUCUUUAUGAGCAGCAUUGCUACUGUUGAUUUAAAAAACUGGUUGUCAAAGUGUUGUAUGUGAGGUGCUUCAUGAAUUAUGUCUGAGGUCUGGUUUUUGUGUACUUGAAUAUCAUCCCCUUAAAUGCAUCUGUCAUUGUUGGCAUUUAGGGAAAGAAGUCAGGUCAGGUAGUACUCCUUGAUAAAAUUCUUUUCUUGCCCAAGAAUAUUUUACCAACUAAUUACUUGAAUAUUAGUAAUCCAGUUGAAGAACCAAUGGCAUACAGAAUUCCUUUCAGGAUCUGUGGGUGGGGGUUUUUUUCUCUCAUAGAAAGUUAAGUUUGCUUGAGCAGAAACUCCUGCUGGGCAUUCUGCUAGCAUACAGGAGGAUGUGAUGUUACUCUCAGGCAUCAGUUGCAGGGUGCAGUUGGGAGAGAUUAGUGCUCCUCUUUAGGCUUCCCCUGUUGUCAGUGAAGACAGAGAAACUACAAGGGAAAUUGAGAGGCCUUGAAUUUUAGUGUUCAGCUUUGAAAUGCCCUGUGGAAGAGCAUGUGUAUAACAGACCCUGGGGAGGCUCAUCUCCCAAGGCCAAGGUUGGUUUGUGUGAAUCCCUGGCUUUGGUCUGUGUGAAUCCCUGGCUUUUCAGCUGGUUGCCUGUUACGAUAUGAAUUGGAAACACUGCAACAGAAAGAGGGUCUGGUUUUAUUCAAAGAACCCCAAAGUGAUAGAGGGUUAAAGCAGCAGUAAUGCCAAGGAACACAGGCACAGAGUGUGGCAAUGGUAGGAGAAUGAAGCCAAAAGGUGAAGGAGCGUGUGCUAAAUUUUGUUAUUUCCCAGGCAGGAAGUACAUCCUCAGCCUUUCAGCACAUGUGCAAGGGCUUCUCAUGCUGCUGUUACCUGUAGAUGAAUUGCACAACCAGCAGUAGUCCACCACUGGAUUUCAGAUACACAGUAUGGUUCUUGAUAAGGUUCUCAUUCAUACCAGCACCUGCAGGCUUUGGUCCCAGUUACUCCCUGGGGUUGUUUUCUGGGUGUUGUCCCUUUCCAAAGUAUUUUAGGAGAAGUUACUCAGGAGGAUAGGGGUGUUUGAAUGUGGAGCUGAUGUCCCCCAGAUCUUCAGUGUGUCUUUGUCUUUAUUGGCUGUGUUUCUGACCUGCCAAGUUUUUGUUCUCGUGCAAAGACCAUGGGCAAUUGCUCUGGGGUAGUUUCCUCAAAAAUCCUGGUACCCCACCACAGGUCUGUGACAUUUCAUGUCUGUGGCAAAGGCUUACAUCAUGUGUAGCAUGCAGAAAUACCAUCAUAUAUACCAAUAUGAUACCAAUAUGAAAUACCAAUACUCAUCCUGACACGAUCCACUAGGACCAUCUUAAUCGGGCAGCUGGGAUACACAAACAUACAGUGUCCCAUUCCUUCAGAAAGACAAGAGAUUUCAAUCCACCAUGCCAUGGCAUUGCAUGUUACAGCUUGCAAGGGAAAUUGGGCCAUGAAGUGUCAGAUUUCAUGUAUUUUCAAAAGUUCUAAAUGGAUUUGUCAGGAAACCUCAGGAGCCAGAAUUUUAGGAAAAUGUAAUGAGCAAACAGCUUUGAUACUAAACUUUUAAAAUUUUUAAUUGUGUCAUUAUUUUUUUGAGCACCCCUUAUAUUCAGCACUGUAAAAUUGGCUCGUUGCAACAGCAGUUUUUACUUGAGGAUGAAGAUGCAGUAUUCCUUAUUCUCUGUCAUGCUUGCAUAAUUAAUUAAAUAGAUUUAGACUGACUUGUAUAUAUGAUUAUUUGCUGGAGUAACAUAUAACAAAAUUAACAGUGUUGAAAAUUACAUCAGUGAUGUUGAUGUUCGGGUAAACUUGCAGUGCAGAGCAUGGACAAAUAGCUGGACAGCCUUUCUCCCCUUUAAUAAUGAGAAUAACAGUGAUCAUAAGCCUCUUUUUCCAUUAGCCACAUUGAAAAUAUAUUCUAGUUGCCAUUUAUAAAUUUAAAUUCUAGUAAUAAAUGCUGUUUAAUGUAAAAAAUCUCUUCCCCCUUUAUUGAAGGUGGAAACUUCAAAAUCAGACUAGGUGUGACUAACAAUAUUCCACUUACUUUUUAGUUUGAAUUUGUUUGGAAAGGUCAUUGUGUGGAACUGUGUUUUCCACAGCAGUCAAGUCUUAAGAUCGUUCAGGAAAUCCAUGCUGCUCCCACAUGCUCAUCCUUACACUCAUGCAUAUGAUCCCCAGAACUUCCAAGUGUUUCUACCCAUGUGCAUGUAAUAAACAAGUUUAUUUAAAAUUAAAAUAUAGGAAAAAAACCCAAAAAAGAACAGAAAAGGAAGAAUUUUAAGUAAACUCUGUUAUAGAAAAUACUACCUUAAGAAACCAGCUCAUGUUAUUGUGUUAUGCUUUUCCCUGUGAUACAUGACUGGAGAAUUGCACAAAGAAAUUGUUGUAUUUUCACAGUUUUGCUAUAGUGUAGCAGUUGCUAUGUAAUGUAUGCUUAUGAAGUAAUGCCCACUGGAACAUUGAAAAGGCUUAAAUUCUCCACAAUAAAUCAGGUUUUGGCAUAAAAAUGUAACUGUAAGGAUACUGCAUCUUUAGAAAUCAAAGUAACUUGAAAGUAUUUUACUAUACUUGUAACAGUUAAAAUAUUCUGUAAUACAUGUGAUAAUGGAAAAGUAUUUUCAAACUCACAGUUUUACGUGGGGUGUUAAAUAGCUGAAAUGAAAUACAUUUUUAAACAAUCCUUACCUUCAGUUUUCAUUGGAAGACUCUUAGGAUAAUGCCUUGCAAAGCUGAAACACAAGACUCAAGAAGUAAAUUGUUCUGUUUCAUCAGAGUGUGUUUUCUCUGCAAAAUGGUGUGGCCACUUCUUUGCUGUUUUGCAGAUGGUGUGUGAUAUAGCAAAGUUAUACUGAGUCCUUUGGUGUCAAUAAGUCAAUGCUCAAUGUCUUUGACUGAAUAAAGGAAAAAAACACUUAAACAAAAUGAAAACCAUAUGAAAGGUUUGUCAGUUUGUGAUUUCUUUUUUCCUUCUGGCAUUUUACAAUGAACUGCAGAUACAGGAAUGGCAAACACUCAUAUGAUUUUAUUUCUUCUUGUAUUUCCCCAACUGCAGUGCAUCCUGAUUAAAGGUUGUAGAGCUGAAAUAGGCAGCUGCUUUUUGCUGAUUCCAGGGGAGUUUAGUCUUCUAGGUGCAGUAACAUGUCAAGAGUAUCCAUUGUAGCAGGACAGUUCUGACAUUUAAAAUACACAUACACUUCAGUGAGAUAGCCUGAAAUCUAUUUUAGAGGUGAAACAGAAACUGAAAGUGCCUGUAAUUAGAACUGAUGGGAUGUUCCUAUACUUUUACACAGCAAUAACAUAAUGGGAUUCUGUUAACAGUAAGGUGAAAAUGAAAUUUUACUUGGAGAACAAUAAUGCAGCACAGAAACAAACACAAAGUGCCAUUUGUAUGUUCACAUGUUGAGAUACUGUGUUAGAGGUUUUAGUUAUUUUCUCAGAUAACAUCUGUCAUAUAUUUGUAAGAAGAAAAUAAAUCUUAGUUUACAAAUGACUCGUAGCUGUACCGAUUCUCAGUAGGUGUGAUUGGAAGUUGUUGUCAGAGCAGUAUUUUAGGGGAUUUCUUCCCAAUUUAUGUUGGAUAUGCCCGUGUAUCCAGGGUAUUCUCUAGUGAAGUAAUCCAAAACCAGCAAUAAGCCCAAUGGAGCUUUUUUUUUAGGGAAUAUGAAAGAACAGGGAUUCUCCUGAAAAAUCCUCUGCAUUGAACUCUGGAAAUACAAGAGUUCACCUUAUGUCUCCUUUCUCUUCAUCAUGUAAUGCUCAUAGUAUUUAAUAUCAUCUUGGUUGACUUCAUGAGUGGACAAAAUGUAUCACUUCACUUUCUUCUGGGGACAAAUGAGUGAAAAAUUAGGGACUGUCUGUCUAGAGACUAUUUGAAUAGCAAAAAAGAAGUUGAUAUUCCUAAAAUGAAGUAUGGAGAUUUUUAUAUUGAGUGGCCUAAACAUUUGCAUCAGUAGACUAAUUGAUCUUACCAGAAAAUGGCCAGCUGUAACUCUUGCACUCUUAUUUUUUCUCAGUUUUUUUUUGUAAAUAUUAACUACUGCUAAUGGAUUCUUAAAAUAGCAGUGUAAUGCCAGUCCUCAUGCUUCUUCUAUUUUUAAAAAUUAAUUUAUUGAAAAUCAAAAUGUAACUGGUUGUCCUGAUGCCUUUGCCAAGGAAGAUUGCUUUCCAUCCUCUGAAUUUGUACCUGUCAUUUAUCCAGGCAUAAUUUUGUAUUUGAGAAAUCCUGCAUUUUGUUUAGACUUCUGCUGCCAUCAGUGGGUACUGCUGGAGUCUCACUGAGGCUCAUACACAGAUGAAAGUGCAGGUCCAAAAACAAGCCCCCCCCAAAAAGGUGCACGUGGACACACAUGUAACAAUUAGAUAUUCAUGCACAUUUGUUAAUUAUGUGACAAGGUUGCUCAUUCAGUAACAAAUUUAGAUGUUAACCACUGGCAGAAAUAAUCCCCUCAGAACAUGCUUAUGCUUAUUUUGCUGUCCUGAGCUUAUCUCCAGAUAUUAAGCACAUAAAAGAAUACAACUCAUGCUGGGGAUUUCAGGAAAGCACCAGGGAAUGUGUCAUCAGAAGGAAAAAGGAAUUUAGUUUCUUACCCAGUACCUGAGCCCUUCUUGGAGAGGAGUGUUCUGUUCUUUGUUCUGGAGCAACAACCCUGGGAGGGGGCACCCUUAGAAAGCUGCCAUGUUGGAAGGCUUGGCUGAUCCCACCCUGCAUUUGUUAGUUCUUCAGUAGGAAGAACUUCACCAUCCCAAAAUGAGACUUUUCCCCUUCAUUCUAAAAAGCAAACUCUGAGUAAGGGUUCUUCUUUUUUUUGUUUGUUUUUUUUAGUCCGUUUUGUUUUGAUUUUACUUUUUUGGGGCUUUUGUGUUUUAUUUG